ACCUUAUAAUAUUUCGACUUUAGUACUUAACUUGACUGCGACACAACAAUGAGUGCUGGAAAAGCCACGGAAAAUCGCGAAAUGAUAAUUCGCUCAAUUUCACUGCCUGUAAAACCAAAUCCUCUCGAAUCGCGACCUUUGUCCCGAUCCCCGAAACAGGAAAAGGUCAACGAUAACGAAACCGAUUACUACCCGGAGAGUCCCAGCUGCUUGCGGCGACUUCAAGCAAGGCAUACACCUGGAGACAACUUGGAAACGGAGAGUCGCAGUGACCAAAAUUUUCCUUCCACCUUUGAUUGGGCGGGCAGUACUAUUGAGCUCAAUCCUGCUACUGAGGAUGACGGUUUGCGACGCAUUAUGCAUCGGGUGAUGGAGAAAAAUGGACGCGAGAACGUUGUGUUUCGCCGUAUACCAGAAAAGUCCCGGCGCUAUAUGCGCGACGUCAUCAAUACCCUGAUCGAAUUAAAGUGGAUAUAUAUGCUGACUCUAUUUCUGAGCAGCUUCUUUCUCAGUUGGAUAUUCUUUGGCGCACUAUGUUAUAUGGUAGCCUAUUACCAUGGAGAUUUUCUCUUCGACGCUAUCAGUGGGGAACGUCUGGGAGAGGGCAGCGAGCCUUGUAUUUACGGAGUUACCAAUUUUGUGUCAAUGAUGCUGUACUCGAUUACAACCCAAACGACACUUGGCGGUGGACAAUACGCGAGCGAGGAAUGCCCGGAAACUAUUUUUCUUUAUAUCAUGCAAAUGAUGUGUGGAGCUGCCAUUGAGGGAUCUAUGAUCAGCAUUGUUUAUGCGAAAACGAUGCGUCCAGCCAAGCAAUGGACCAAACUCAAGUUCAGCGAUAAGGCAGUGAUUUGUUAUCGCGAUGGAAAACUAUGUUUGUUAUUUCGAGUAUGUGAUCCGCGUGAGCGACAAUCCAUCGACUCCAAGAUUCGUGUCUACAUGAUUGUGGACAAACACACACACGAAGGGGAGCUCGUUAAGACACACACGGAACUGAAGCUGGAGGGAAAUGGCGAACAGUUGAUUGUCUGGCCUGACAUUGUAUGCCAUGUGAUCGAUGAGACGAGUCCACUGUAUAUUUUCGGCAGUGCCAAGAGGUUUAAUGCAGCUCAAUUUGAAUUAUACGUGACAAUUGUGGGCACAUCUCCGACUACGGCUCAAAUGACGGAGGCAAAGACAUCGUACGUUCCACGAGAGAUCUUCUGGGGUCAACGUUUUGUCAAUAUUAUCCAUUAUGAUGCAACCAAUGAGCGUUAUAUUGUGGACUAUGAGAAUUUUAAUACAACCAUCUCGGUGGACAUGCCCGUUAAUUUGACUGCCGCACAGUUAGAAUUGAAAUUGGAGAAUUCGGAUACAAUUUAAAUCUAUUAUUCUUCAAAAAACAUUACAAUAUAAUCACAAUAAACAAAUCAAUUUUUGAAAUAU